CUGCCUAGCGACAACCCCACUACGGGCCCUGGCCUUGGGUACCUCAAGUGAUUCCUGCUGCUGCAACUGGUAGAACCCCCAAGGGAAAGCAAGGGAAGAAGAAAAAAAAAAACAAGGGAGGACAAGGAGGAGAAGGGUGAAAAAAAAAAAGAGGGACAAUGGCUAGCGCUUCGAGUCGUGAUGCACCGACCGACGAGCCACAACGUGCUUCAGCCGCUUCCGCUGCCGCCCCUACUGCCAGCCUACCCUCGUCCAUACCACCGUCGCUGCCUCGAGUCGGCCACGAGCUGCCCUUUGUUGCACCGUCUUCAUACCUCAGACCCAAGCUUCGGAGUCGCAUAGUGCCUGUAACCUCCUCCGCCCCGAUGAGUCCCAUUGAUGAAGAGCAAUUGCAAGGCCUGAAGGGCCUGCGCAACUUUCUGCGCGUCAGAACCAGCUAUGAUGUCCUCCCCCUCUCAUUUCGCCUUAUCAUACUCGACAACGAUCUCCUGAUAAGGAAGAGCCUCGAUAUCCUGUCCCAGAACGGAAUUGUGUCUGCGCCUCUUUGGGACUCGCAGCAGUCCCGAUUCGCCGGUCUUCUCACGGCGACUGACUAUAUAAAUGUGAUCCAAUACUACUGCCAAUUUCCCGAGCACAUCGAUGACGUGGACAAGUUCAGGCUGAGCAGCCUCCGCGACAUCGAGAAGGCAAUCAACGUCUCUCCGUUGGAGACGGUGUCCGUCCACCCGUCGAAGCCCCUAUACGAAGCUUGUAGCCGCAUGCUCAGGAGUCGAGCUCGCCGGAUCCCGCUGGUCGAUAUCGACCACGAGACUGAGAGGGAGACGGUCGUAAGCGUGAUCACCCAGUACCGCAUUCUCAAAUUCAUCGCCGUCAACACGGAACAGCACACGAUGCUGCUCAAGCAGCCAGUUCGGGAGAUCGGGUUGGGCACCUACAAAAACCUAGCGACGGCCAAGAUGACCGACUCGGUCCUCGACGUGAUAAACUUGAUGGUCAUCCACAACAUCUCGGCCGUGCCCAUCAUCGAUAGGAACAAUAUCGUGCUCAACGUCUUCGAGGCCGUUGACGUCAUGCCCUGCAUAAGAGGAGGGGUGUACGACGAACUAAAAUCGACCGUGGGCGACGCGCUGUCGAAGAGACCGGAGGAUUUCCAGGGCAUCUACACAUGCCAGGAGGACGAUAGGCUUGAUUCCAUCUUCACUACCCUCCGUCAGUCCCGCGUGCACAGGCUGGUGGUUAUCGAUGAUAACUGGCAUCUCAAAGGCAUCAUCUCGUUAUCCGACAUCCUCAAAUACGUCUUGUUUACGGGCGUCACCAGCGAUGAGGGCGAAAGCUUCUCCCUACCGUAACGGGCUUACCUCGGCUCGAGAUUUCCUGACGAUGCACACGACACUUUUAGAAACGGUGGUAACGAGACUUUUGGAGUUCCAACUAGAAACGUGAGGGCAGGGGCCGGUCGGCAUUGGAGAGGAGUCUGGCGUUUGAAGACUAUCGGAGAGCCGGUCAGUCGUUGCAUGAGGAUCGGCCAGUCUGCUUGGACCCCAAACGGGUUUC